GGGUGUUAUUACAUAAAGAGUUCGACUUCUUCAUAUGACUCUGUAAAACAAUGCCUUUAUGUUAGUAUAUCUUGGUAGAGCUAUUUGCUCCUAAAUCACAUGUUACUCAGUCAAAGGCUUGUGAGUAAGAUCCAUGUGAUUUGCUCAUUCUGUAAAUGGUUAUUUUUUGACUAACAGACAAUGGUGUAAAUUUUCAUCUCAGUACAAUAUCUUGUUCAAGUCAUUAAACCUUCAUGUAUAGAUUCUUGGAAGCUUCUCUUUGGUUGAUAAUUUAUAUUGGGAAGCCCUGCUAGUCUCUAUGAUCUGAUUCGUUUCUUAGUACAGUCCUAAUGACCUUUUGAAAUGGGAAACAUAAACUUGGUGGCCAAUUGCAACUUUGAGUCUGGUUGCCUUUAAGAUUAUUGUUGGCCCUAGUACCAACAUAUCAGCUGCUGAAACAUGGCAGAAUUAAAUGCAGAAGUAAAUGCGUUUGUUAUUUUUAGGAUCUUAUCUCUAUGGAGCUUCAUUCAAUGGUUUUUUUUUUAAGUAAUAUUAUUAUGAGGAAAUCAUAAAUAUUUAGCUGGUCGGUUGGGAACAACAUCCAAUAUUUUUUUCUUGAUAAUCCAGAAAUCUCCGAGGACCAGUAGCACACAGUUCGGGAUUUGGUCGAUAAUGGAGCUGCCCCUCUAUUCUUCUCUGCUGAAAUAUUAGUUUUUUUUGCCAGAGGAUUCGAAUUCAUGACGGGCGUUUAAUCCACAUAUCAUGCACUGCGCUCUACCACUAGACCAAAGCCCUGGGCGUGAACAACUUCUAGCCUUCCUGAUGCUUGAUUAUAGGAAAGAAAAGAAAAAGAAUAUAAAUAUGUUUUUUAAAUCUCUUUUGCUCAAGUAUGCUGUAUUUCUUCUCCUAACUGUCCAAUCAUAGCAGUGAGAAUAGUUUAUCCCUUCCUUCACUUUCCAUUUCCUUCAUAUUUUAUCCUUUCUGUUCUAACUAAUUCAUUUUUUUCCAACCCCCACAUUCAACGUUCCCCAACCACUCCACCCUGAGAAGAGAGCAAAAAAAAAAGGGUUUCAACCCCAGGAGAAAGGAGAAAAAGAAAUAAAACAAGCACUGGCAUAUGCAUGCAGUUGCAAUUAUAAAUGACAUGACCUAUGUAUGUUGACUUCCAUUGUUAAGCUUUCACAUCAGCCACCAAGAUAAGCAUAUAUUGAGAGCCAGGCUUUUGUAUCCCCUUGUCACUUUAUACCUAUCUUAGCUUUAGCUUUGGCUUUUCUCUAAAAUAUUAUUUUUCUAAUCAUAGAGGAUUGGAGAAGGGGGAGAGGGGACAGAAAAAUGGAAGGUGGACAGUGAGAGUUGAAUCUGUACUGUGGGAGAGUCUCAUCACAGGACUAUAAGUUUGGUGGUACCAAAGAAAAGUUGAGAGGCUAUUGCAUCUCACUUCCAGAAAGUAAUUUUCAACUUUCAAGAAACACUCAAAAGCUUCUGAUAAAUUCUCCACUCCUCUGAUUUAUCAGGCAAACUGAAGAGCAUAUUUGCAUUACUCAAUGGCUGCUCAAAAGUCUCAGGUUCACUUUGUCCUUGUACCCUUAAUGUCCCCUGGUCAUCUCAUCCCUAUGGUAGACUUAGCUAAAUUGUUAGCACAACAUGGUGUAAUUGUUUCUAUAAUUUCUACACCCCUUAACACCAUCAGAUUCAAAUCAGGUAUUGAUCACUCUGUCAAAUCAGGCCUUCAGAUCAGAAUACUUGAACUCGAAUUUCCAGCUGUACAAGCCGGUUUGCCCAAGGGAUGUGAGAAUAUGGAUUCCUUACCUUCUCGCCAUUCGAUUAAGGAUUUCUUUGUAGCUGCUAGCAUGUUGCAAAAACCAUUUGAAGAAUUGUUCAGUGAUCUUAAGCCUAGUCCUAGCUGCAUAAUAUCUGGGAAAAACAUGGCCUGGACAGUCGAUAGUGCAUGUAAGUUUAGAGUUCCUAGGAUUUUCUUUGAUGGUAUGGGCUGUUUUUCUUCUACAUGCACACAGAAAUUGCAGAGUUCUAAAGUUCAUGAGGUUGUCUCCAAGUUUGAGCCUUUUGUAGUACCCGGUUUGGCUCAUAGAAUAGAGCUGACUAAAUCACAAUUGCCUGAAAAUCUAAAUCCAGGCUCACCAGAUUUGGUCGACGUUCGCAAUAAGAUGGUUGCUGCUGAAUCCAUCUCAGAUGGGAUUAUUGUCAAUACUUUUGAGGAACUAGAACUUGAAUAUGUUCAAGAAUUCAAAAAGAUCAAAGGUGGGAAAGUCUGGUGCAUUGGCCCUGUUUCAGCUUGCAACAAAUCGGAAUCCGAAAAGGCUGCAAGAGGCAAAACUGUCUCUUUAGAUGAGAACCAAUGCCUGAAAUGGCUUGACUUGCAACAACCAAACUCAGUGGUUUAUGCCAGUCUUGGAAGCAUCUGUGGCCUCACAUGUUCACAACUUGUAGAACUUGGUUUAGGUUUGGAAGCAUCAAAUAGGCCAUUCAUAUGGGUAUUGAGAGGAGGGGAGAAGUCUAAAGAGUUAGAGAAAUGGAUUGAAGAAGAAAGAUUUGAAGAAAGGAUUAAAGGAAGAGGCUUUUUAAUAAAAGGCUGGUCUCCUCAGAUUCUUGUAUUGUGUCAUCCAUCUGUUGGUGCUUUCUUAACACAUUGUGGUUGGAAUUCAACUCUAGAAGGAUGCUGCUCUGGCUUGCCUAUAAUAACUUGUCCAUUGUUUGCUGAGCAGUUUAUUAAUGAGAAAUUGAUAACAGAAGUGUUAUACACUGGUGUUAGUGUGGGAGUCAAGGCUGCUGUUACAUGGGGAAUGGAGGAGAAAUCAGGCUUAGUAAUGAAGCGCGGAGAUGUAAAGAAUGCCAUUGACAAGAUCUUCGAUAAGGGUGUAGAAGGAGAAGAUCGACGUAGAAAGGCAAAAGAGAUUGCUAAGAUGGCAAAGAGGGCUUUAGAAGAAGGUGGCUCAUCUUACCUUAACAUAGAGGCUUUGAUUCAAGAUAUUAUGCAACAAAGUUUGAGCAGUGUUGAGGCAAGUUCUUUAUAGUUCUUAUGAAAAGCAAGGUUUUUGUUUUCCAGAAUAUAUAUAGACAUGCAUAAACCCUUUCCCCUGAAUUGUGAUUUGUGUCAUUUAGGAAUAUAAUUUAGCUGCUGUGUUUUCAUUUCUCAGUUUCUUUAAGUAAUUGUCCAUUUUAAGUUUGCUCUUUACAGUAUAAGGUUUAUUAGUUAGCUUC